AUGGCUGUGAAUCCCACAAAAACCAAAUUGAUCACGUUCAGCAGGAAAUUAAAUACAGUGUUAGCUGACUACUCUCUUGAUGGCAACCGGGUUGAGAGAUGCAAUACCAUCAAGGAUCUUGGUGUUCUAAUUGACUCUUCAUUCGAGUUUGGACCCCACAUAAACCAAAUCUGCACCAGGGCCUCUCGUAUGCUCGGUUUGGUAUUCCGCUCUGCUAGACAUGGUUUGAGCAACCAUGCCUGUAUUAUCCUAUACAAGUCUCUCAUCCUGCAGCUUCUCGAGUAUGCUUCCUUGGUUUGGUCACCAUACCAUCUUGGCCAUAUUUACCAUCUUCAGUCGGUACAAAGACGCUUCAUCAGGUUCCUGGGAUGUCGUGCUGGACUUGACUUUCGUGACGUCCGGGUAGAUGAGCUCUCUAAUAUCUAUGACAUUCCGAGUCUUGAAAACAGAAGGCGAGUGGCUGAUGUGACCUUUCUCUAUAAACUGAUAAAUAACCAAGUCAACUGCCCCUUCUUGCUGGAAAGGAUAAACUUCCAUGUUCCUUCGAGGAUCACGAGACAUCAGCGUGUAUUUGAACUGGACCAUACUGGGACCAACUACGCCAGAUCUAGUCCCAUUCCCCGGAUCAUGCGCCUCGGGAAUGUGGUAAGCAGCUCUGUGGACCUUUUAACUGCCUCCUUGGGGGUGGUUCGGCGUUCUGCGGCUGACUGCAUCCUCGAGGGUACACCAUAA